CGCGGAGACACGCCCCUAGCGGGAGAAGGGGUGCGCGGCGGCGCGCGCGCGCGCUCUCAGAACCCUCCCUGGUGACGUGCCUGGCCGAGACCGCGCUAGGGCGCUGUUGCUGCCAGCGCCGCUGUCAUGGCGUCGGAGGCGCUGGCUGAGGAGCACCCGCCGCGGUCUCUAUAGAGCGAAGGGCGGGAGGCCCGGUAUGGAGAGCGGCCCCGAGAGCCUGCAGCCGCUAGAAAACAGGGUGGCGGCCGGGCCAGCGCCAGGGACAGCUUCUCUGCAGGAAGGGCAACCAGAGACCAGGCUUGCAGCUGGGGAUGGUUCUGGGGUAUGGGCGGCGGAGAGCGGCGGCGGGAAUGGGCAGGGGGCGGCGGCUGCCAGGAGGAGCCUCCCGGACUCGGCUUCUGCCGCGGGCUCUCCUCAGGUUCCCGGACCCUGCAGCUCCUUCCCGGGCUUGGACUUGAAGGAGAGCGCUUUGGAGAAUCUUGCUGCCGCCAAGCCGCCUCUGAGAGGGCAGCACAAGGUGACCGCCUCCCCGGAGACAGCCGAGGCCGGAGUCGGUCAUGGGUUGGGUCCGGCGGGAGACGCGGGAGCUCGCCCGGAUCCUGCCGGCACCUGCCAGGCGGAGUUGGCGGCCGCCGCCUCCGAAGAGCCCAGCAGCGCUGGCGGCUUCAGCAGCAGUUGCAGCGACCCGAGCCCUCCUGGGGAAUCGCCGAGCCUGGACUCCCUGGAGUCGUUCUCUAACCUGCACUCUUUCCCCAGUAGCUCCGAGUUUAAUAGUGAGGAGGGAGCGGAGAACAGGGUCCCAGAGGAGGAGGACAGCGCGGCGGCGGUGCCCGGGGCUGUCCCUCUGUGCCGGGAGGAGGAGGCGGAGACCGCUCAGGUGCUGGCGGCCUCCAAGGAACGCUUUCCGGGACAAUCUGUGUAUCACAUCAAGUGGAUCCAGUGGAAGGAAGAGAACACACCCAUCAUCACCCAGAAUGAGAACGGACCCUGCCCUUUGCUGGCCAUCCUCAAUGUUUUGCUCCUGGCCUGGAAGGUGAAACUUCCACCGAUGAUGGAGAUCAUAACUGCUGAGCAGCUGAUGGAAUAUUUAGGAGAUUACAUGCUUGAUGCAAAGCCAAAAGAAAUUUCAGAAAUUCAACGUUUAAAUUAUGAACAGAAUAUGAGUGAUGCUAUGGCAAUUUUGCAUAAACUACAGACAGGCCUGGAUGUAAAUGUAAGAUUCACUGGUGUUCGAGUAUUUGAAUAUACACCAGAAUGCAUAGUAUUUGAUCUUCUUGAUAUUCCUUUGUACCAUGGGUGGUUAGUAGACCCUCAGAUUGAUGACAUUGUAAAAGCUGUCGGUAACUGCAGCUACAACCAACUAGUGGAGAAGAUCAUCUCUUGUAAGCAGUCAGACAAUAGUGAGCUGGUUAGUGAAGGCUUUGUAGCUGAGCAGUUUCUAAAUAACACAGCCACUCAACUGACAUACCAUGGAUUAUGUGAACUAACUUCAACGGUUCAGGAAGGAGAACUUUGUGUGUUCUUUCGGAAUAAUCAUUUUAGCACCAUGACCAAAUACCAGGGUCAACUGUAUUUGUUGGUAACGGAUCAGGGAUUUCUUACUGAAGAAAAAGUUGUUUGGGAAAGCCUACACAAUGUGGAUGGUGAUGGAAAUUUCUGUGACUCAGAAUUUCAUCUGCGGCCUCCUUCAGAUCCUGAAACUGUAUACAAAGGACAACAAGAUCAGAUAGAUCAGGACUAUCUUAUGGCAUUAUCUCUACAACAAGAACAACAGAGCCAAGAGAUCAAUUGGGAACAAAUUCCGGACGGAAUCAGUGAUCUGGAGCUAGCAAAGAAACUCCAAGAGGAAGAGGAUAGGCGGGCUUCUCAGUACUAUCAGGAACAGGAACAAGCAGCAGCAGCUGCUGCUGCUGCUGCUGCUUCUACAUCUACGUCUACGUCUACUUCUACUUCUACUUCUACACAGCCCCAGCAGAGCCAGCCAGCACAAGCCUCUCCAUCAAGUGGAAGACAAUCUGGGAAUACUGAACGUAAACGGAAGGAACCUCGAGAAAAAGAUAAAGAAAAAGAAAAGGAAAAAAAUAGCUGUGUCAUUUUGUAACAAGCAUUGGAUUCUGUUGGAACCACCUAUAUGUCUUGAGAAACAAAACCACAGGAGGAAAGAAAGAAAAACCGAUAAAUACCGUCUGUGCCUGAUUUCCCAAUGGAUUUUGUUCAUGUUUUUCAGGGGAAAGGUUGUUACUUAGUUACAAUCAGACUUUUUCAAGUCACACAAUACACUCUUUAUGAGCUGGAGUUUCAUGUUACAUAAGUUGGAAAUGCUGUGUGUUGUCAUUCAUGAAAAAUACUGCACUUGUAGCCAAAUAAGCAAAUCACAGCAAAUUUUGUGUCAUAGUGACAUUCAUAACUCAUAUCAGUUAGUAAGCUAUUUUAUCUUCUGUUCUAACGAUGAAUGGAAGUAAUUGAUUUAAUCUGAUUCCUUCCUGAAAUUUAAAUAUUAGCACAAUAGUUUCUGAAAUUUUUACAAUGUUAAAUUAUGAUCUAACCCAGGAGAAACCAGGGGUUUAAUAUAGGAAUUUAAAAAGCAAAAAUAAAAAAAGACAAAAAAAAAA